AUGGCUCCAUUGCCGCCCCUCGUCCGCUGGGGCUCCCUCAUCUCGGCCAUCGCAGCCGUGGUCCUGGCCUAUUCGUACCAGCAGCAGCACCCGCUUCUCUUCGACCCCCUCCCGGUGUACUGCUACAACAGCAUCAGGACUCACGACAGCCACCAGCCAUCGGCCGAGUGCUUCUCGGUCAAGGACGGCGUCUUUGCCGGAGUCUGGGCUCGGGAUGAUGGCGAUGCAGCAGCAAAAGACACCGACGUGACCGUCUCUGAAGGGCAUGUCAUUCCGGGGCUGUGGGACGGCCAUGGCCAUUUGCUGCAGUACGGCGAGUUCCUGCACUCGGUCGAUCUUUUUGGGUCGCAGUCGCUGGACGAGGUGAGGCUUCGCAUCAAGACGUAUCUUGAAGCCAAUCCGGAAGCGGGCACUGAGAAUCACUGGCUUCGCGGCGUGGGAUGGGACCAAUCGGCCUUUGGACGAAUGCCCACCGCUGACGACAUUGAGCAAGACGAGCAGCUCAGGGGCAUCUUCAUGAUGCUCGACAGAAUCGACGUCCACUGCUCCUGGGUCUCCCAAGCCGUCCUCAACCUCCUCCCAGACGAAAUCCCCAACGUCCCAGGAGGCGAAGUCAUCCGCGACCCCGGCCCGGGCGUCUUCUGCGACAACGCCAUGGACAUGAUUAUGGAUCUGUGGCCCAAGCCCGGAGCGGAAGAAAAAGCCCGCGCCGUCAAGUCCGCCAUGAAGGAGCUCAACAAGGUCGGCUUGGUGGGCAUGCACGACGCCGGCGUCACUGCGGAAAAUGCCAGGCUGUAUUCGGAACUGGCUUCUUCGUCUCCGGACUGGACGGUUCGCGUGUAUGGCAUGCUGGAGUGCGACAAGAGAAACACGUUUUGCCCAGAGGACGCUCCCAUGUUGUCUGAUCAAGACGCCAAGUUUACACUGAGGAGCGUCAAACUGUUUGCCGACGGAGCCCUCGGAAGCUGGGGCAGCGCCAUGCUCGAUCCUUACGCUGACCACCCCUGGACAUCCGGCUCCCUCCUCAUCAACGCCUCCGCCCUCACCCAAGUCACCAAAUCCUGGGCCAGCAAAGGCUUCCAAGUCAACAUCCACGCCAUCGGCGAUCUCGCCAACCGCAACGCCAUCGACGCCUUCCAAGCAGCCCUCGAGCAGCAAUGCCUCGACGAAAGAGGAGACAGCGACGCUCUCCUCCUCGCCGGGUGCCAGUCCAGACACCACCGCUUCCGCAUCGAACACGCCCAAAUCAUCCACCCAGACGACCAGAAGCGCAUCCGCGCGCUGGGCAUCAUCCCGUCCAUCCAGCCCACCCACGCAACCUCCGACAUGAGGUACGCCGAGCAACGACUCGGCCCCGAGCGCACCAGCAGCGAAGCCUAUCGCAUGAAGACUCUUCUCGACAUCAACCCCGUGCUUGGUAGUGAUUUCCCCGUCGAGCCACCAAACCCUUUUCAAGGAAUCUACGCAGCCAUGACGAGGAAGAAUCCACAGACGGGACUUGGACCGGACCCAGAAAACCCUUCUCGGGGAUGGCACACAGAAGAGACUCUUAGCUUGGAUGAAGCUCUUCUGGGAUUCACGCGGAAUGCUGCCUAUGGAGCCUUCUUGGAGCAUAGCGCGGGCAUCAUCAGACAAGGCUCAUUUGCGGAUUGGGUUGUGCUUGAUGAGCCGCUAGAAGACAUGGACGUCGAGAAGCUGCGGACUCUCAAAGUAAAAGAGACUUGGGUGGGAGGUAGAAAGGUGUAUUCGCGGGAUGAACGGGAUUAACAGCCAUGUUAUUAGGUGCAACGCCAACUGAAUGCGUCCUAACAAUAUUCAUGAUUCUGGAUUUUAAAGUCCCAGGACUAGCGUUUCGAAAUGGGAACGUAUUGAUUUUUUUAUUUUUUUAUUUAUUUUAUUUUAUUUCUUUGUACAUCUGAGAAGAUGCUGCAACUGUGCAGAUCAGAAAUUAUUGACGUUCAAACGGCUGUAUAGAGACAAUAUGGAUUCCAAGAUUUAGAUUUCGAUAUUGUUCAUAACGAACUAGAAGAGAGAAAAUGAAAAGAUUGAAAGAGAAGAAAAGAAAAAACCCGCUAUAAACGCCAUCUAAUUGCCAAUCCUUAGUUCAUGCAUACUAAACAAAGAAGCCGCUUGCCCUCUCCGUACUUGUCCGCCUCUUCUGCCUCUUAUGCUUUGACAAUCACCUUGCUCUCGAACCAUUUGGCAAACUUGACAGUGGGAAUAUCAACUGCCCUCCAAAACACAUCUGCCCACCACACCACGGUGGGAAUGCAGAAGCACGCACCCAGGACGAAUCCAGCAUUAAACCAGUAUCCUUCCACUCCAGUCACACCGUAUGCCCACUUCUCGAAAUGGUAGCCAACAACGUGCAUGGCAGGUCCGUGCAUGAGGUAAAGGGCAUAUGAGAUCUUGCCAAAGUAUUGGACCACUGGCAGGUUGAAAAAGCGCUGCCAUCGAGGCGAGUGAUUCGCCGCAAUGAUGAAAAUGACAGCACCCGUCGAUUGCCAGUAGCGGUAUCUUUCCUCCUUCCACCACUUGGGAAUGAGGGACGAGAGCCAUAUCCAUCCAGGAGUGAUUUCACCUCGGCCAUCCGGCUGGCACAUCAAGUACAAGCCAAGGAUGCUGAAGAGAGCCCAGAAGAUGGGCCAAAGCUUAGCCUUGGUUGUCCGUGACUUUUCGUCCAUUGGCAAAGCUGGAUUGGGCGUUGGGACAUGCGCACCACGAAUGUGGUCAUUCUCUGCAAUGAGCAUUCCAACAAAGAACAAUACCAGCUCCCACCGGCUAUUGCGGUAUGAAAUCCACAUGACCAAAGCAACUGUGAGCCAGCGGACAGACGUGCGUAGGCGGGCCGUGCCGAUGAUGGUGAGGAAGAGAUAGAGCGAGCAUCGAAACUCGACGGGAAUCGUCCACAAAUGAACAUCGUAAGCUACGUAGCAGAAGCAUGUUAGUACCCAACUUGCGGUUACAAAUGGUAAUUGAUCAGCUGAAACUUACAAGUACUUCCACCGAAUUUAUCCCAGCUAAACACCUGAAUAAACCUAAACAUGUGCAAGAGCCAAUCCUUGUACUGAGCCAAAGCGUGCUCCAUGCGAGCCGGAUGGGGCUCUACGAUAUUCUUCAUGUACUUCUUAUCGUUGGCAAAGUCACGAGUCCACUCGUAGGCGCCGAUUCGCAAGAGGCAAAUGAUCAUAAAGGUCGAGAUGGCCGUGGGUAUAUACAAACGGAGGCCGCGUCGAAAGAUUAAAGAGCUCAUGGUGUUGGAAAAGUCGGGCCAUGCUCCAUUUCGAAUCAACUUCAUAGGUCGGUAUGAG